AUGACAAAUCUGGUGGAAGAUCUGAUUAUUAUUAAAGUGGAGGAUGAAGAAGAAUGGAUGACGGGCGAUCCCCCGUGUAAGAGUGAGGUGGAGGAGGACAUUCCAGGAGAUGUCACCACAGAAAAUCCCAGUAAAAAUGUUAAUGAAAGUAUAUUAUCACUGCAUUAUAAAGCAGAAGAUGAAGAUACCAUGGACUGCUCUUCAGAAGAAAACCUCAUUACCCUUAAUGUACAUCCAGGACCUCACAGUACAGAUCUCUCAUAUAAUCCCCUUAAUAAUGAGGAACCUUUUUCUGACCAAUCACAGAUUGUUACCUCAGGUACAGGUCAGAAAGGUGGUAAAGAGUUCACAAAAAGAUCAAGGCUUUCUACAGAUGGAAGAAUUCACACUGGGGAGAAGCCUUACUCCUGUUCAGAAUGUGGGAAGUGCUUUAGAUAUAAAUCACAUCUGGUUACACAUGAGAGAAUUCACACAGGAGAGAAACAGUAUUUAUGUUCAGAAUGUGGGAAAUGUUUUACAGAAAAAUCUAAUCUGGCUAGGCAUGAGAGAAUUCACAGAGGUGAGAAGCCAUUUCCAUGUUCAGAAUGUGGCAAAUGUUUUACACUGAAAUCACAUCUUGUUGCACAUGAGAGAAGUCACACAGGAGAGAAGCCAUUUUCCUGUUCAGAAUGUGGGACAUCUUUUAAAUACAAAUCAGAUCUUGUUACCCAUAAGAGACGUCACACAGGAGAGAAGCCAUAUUCAUGUUCAGAAUGUGGGAAAUGUUUUAUAGAUCGAUCAAGUCUUGUUAUACAUGAGAGAAGUCACACAGGGGAGAAGCUGCAUUCAUGUUCAGAAUGUGGGAAAUGUUUUACAUAUAAAUCAAGUCUUGUUUCCCAUGAGAGAAUUCACACAGGAGAGAAGCCGUUUUUAUGCUCAGAAUGUGGGAAAUGUUUUACAUAUAAAUCACAUCUUGUUGCACAUAAAAGAACUCACACAGGGGAAAAGCCGUAUGAAUGCUCCGAAUGUGGGAAAUGUUUUACAUAUAAAACAGAUUUUGUUAGACAUGAGAAACGUCACACAGGAGAGAAGCCGUUUUCCUGUUCAGAAUGUGGGAAAUGUUUUAUAGAUAAAUCACAUCUUCUUAGACAUGAAAAAAGCCACACAGGAGAGAAGCCGUAUUCAUGUUCCGAAUGUGGUAAGUGUUUUACUGAUAAAUCACAUCUUGUUAGACAUAAAAGAAUUCACACAGGAGAGAAGCCAUUUCCGUGCCCAGACUGUGAGAAGUGUUUUACUACUAAAGACAAACUCAAGGAUCAUCAGAGACGUCACACAGGAGAGAAGCUGUUUUGAUGUUUUAUAUGUGGAAAAUGUUUUGUUCUGAAAUCAGUUUCUAAAAAUCAUCAGCUCAGAAGAAACUAUUAUUUUUUGGAAUAUGGAAAAUGUCACAAGAGCAAAAAAUUAUUUUAGACCCAUUUUCUUCAGACAGGUAAAUAACUGGGGCUACAUGGCAACAUGUCUCAUACUUCAAGUCUCUGAAUAGUUGUGGAACUUGUCUGCAACUCGCUGUUGUGCAACUACUUUAGAGCUGAGAUUUCGCUGUAAAAAUUCAGCCAAACUGCAGAAAAGUUGCAGUGAAGUUGCACUGGCAUGUGACUUGCAUUUUGUUCUAUGAUGGCAAAGUCACAUAUGACCUGCAACCAAAUAUCCAAAUGUUUUGUGACCAUCAUGGCAUACCAUGUGUCACAUUGUGACCCUUUUGACAAUCAUUAGAUGCAGUGUCACAGUGCAACAUUUCGAUCUUCAUAUCACUUGACACAUCACUAUGUAGCUCCAGCCUAACAGCCCAUAAGAAUAGUUAUUUUUGGGUGGAAUUAUCCUGGAUUUGCCAAACAACCAAAUUAUAUUUCUCUGAGGUCGACUGUGACCGAGACCCAUGGAGGAAAAGUAUUGUGGAUAUAAGGAAGAGAAGAAGAGCCUUGUUUACUUCCAGAGCAGUGAAGAUGAACUGUCCCCAUGAACCUUGCUUCUUAUCACUGUAUUCACACCUCCACCCACACUGCCGGACAGUCCAGAGUGACAUGAGGGGAAGUAACGACGCUCCAUGUAAUAGUUUUAUAACGUAUGUGGACAUAUUAAUAAUUCAUUUUUUUUCAAAUAGUAUUUAAAAAUGUAAGUAACUGUCUUUU